UACUUUUUAUCAGAAAAAAACAACAGAGAGAACAAAACACACACAAAAAAAAACAGAGGACAUUUUAUGGCGAUGGCUGUCUCCGGAGCUGUGCUCAGUGGCCUUGGUCCUUCGUUCCUCUCCGGAAGCAAGAAGAGUGCCGCCGCAUUAGGAAGCGGCGUAGGCUCUACAGCAGCGAGAGUUGGCCGGAAAACUCUGAUUGUCGCCGCCGCCGCCGCUUCUCAGCCGAAGAAAUCGUGGAUCCCCGCCGUUAAAGGCGGCGGCAACUUCCUCGACCCUGAAUGGCUCGAUGGCUCGCUACCCGGAGAUUUCGGGUUCGACCCAUUGGGUCUCGGAAAAGACCCGGCUUUUCUGAAAUGGUACAGAGAAGCAGAGCUGAUCCACGGCCGGUGGGCGAUGGCGGCGGUUCUCGGGAUCUUCGUCGGGCAGGCAUGGAGCGGCGUGCCGUGGUUCGAAGCCGGGGCUGAUCCACGAGCCAUCGCGCCGUUCUCGUUCGGGUCCCUUCUCGGGACGCAGCUGCUUCUCAUGGGUUGGGUGGAGAGCAAAAGGUGGGUCGACUUCUUCAACCCGGAUUCUCAGUCAGUUGAGUGGGCCACGCCGUGGUCGAGAACCGCAGAGAAUUUCGCGAACUAUACCGGUGACCAAGGGUAUCCGGGUGGGAGAUUCUUUGAUCCGUUGGGUUUGGCUGGGAAGACACGUGGCGGUGUUUACGAGCCGGAUAGGGAGAAGCUGGAGAGGUUGAAAGUGGCGGAGAUUAAGCACUCUAGGUUGGCGAUGCUUGCUAUGUUGGUCUUUUACUUCGAGGCUGGUCAGGGGAAAACGCCUCUAGGUGCUCUUGGUUUGUGACUUGUAAGCAUGUAUGUUUGAGUCUGUAGUCAAACUUGAUUGUCACCAAGUCAUGAGUUUAGCUUGCGAGAGUCCAAAUCUUUUAUACA